AUGGCACGAGAACCCCCGAUGCAGAGCUCGAACUCCCUCGAUGGUGAUUUGCCCGAGCAGCUGGAGCGGCUUCGGAUUGAAGCAAAGUCGCAGCGGGAGGAGCUCCCAGCCAUCGCUGAAGGGUGCGAAAGCAAGAGCUCCAGCUAUCUAGCUGCGCACUCUCCGAGUCACUCUCCCACUGCACGAACCGGUUCCGACGAAUUCUCAAACAGGAGACUGCGACGGCGACAGCAGAGCGCCAUGGGAGGCGAUUUCAUCAGGGCUUCCCCCGGGAAGGAACAGCAAGAGCUUGGGAGCUCUUGGCGUGCGAAGGCCCGGCGCUGGGCCAAGUACUGUGUCGACAACAACUACAACACAAACAGUCUGGCUCUCGUGGUUCUUUUCGAUGCGUACCUCACGGCAAAUGAUAUUGAUGCCAGGGCUGCCGGACAAGAGCCUUCGGUAUUUGUGCGCGCAUGCUCUGACAUAUGCCUCCUGCUCUACACAGCCGAGCUGCCCCUAUUGUUUUUCGUUCGAGGGCGCCGCAUUCUGAAAGAUUGGAUGGUUUUACUCGACAUCGUCAUUAUUACGUGUGGAUACGCUGAGUGGGUGUUGACCAGCGCAGGGGAUGCGUUGACGUCCAGGAUCAACAUCAACAUGCUGCGCCCGCUUCGUCUGGCAAGAAUUAUUCGCCUCAUGCAGUUCUUGAGGAAGACGCGCUCGUUGAAGGAGCUGCAGAAGCUGGUGACCAUGUUGGCAACAUGCCUGAAAACUUUGGUUUGGAGCUUCCUGUUUGGAUUCGUGGUGAUGACGAUGUGGGCCAUGUUAAUGGUUGAGAUCGUCCAUCCCCUCAUCCAUGAUGUGCACGAGCGAACGAACGUCUUUGGUGACUGUGGCCGGGAGUGCUUGCAAGCAGCAUCUUCUGUCAUGAAUGCCAACCUGUUGCUAUUCAAGACGGUGGUGGCGGGAGACAGCUGGGGUCUGAUCGCAAUGCCUGUCAUACAGGACCACCCAGCAACAGCCAUCAUUUUUGUGGGUUCCCUCCUUACUCUGGUCUUUGGCGUGCUGCAGCUCAUGGUUGCCGUUGUGGUUGACACCUUUGCCGAGGUUCGCGAGAACGACGUU